UGAGGCUGUCCUAGUGAAGACACUCUUUCUAAAACAUUUUCAAAUCAAUAGGUACAGCUCUUCUUUUUGUUUUCUGCAGGGGAGAAGAGAGAGAGAGAGUGAUAGAGAGAUAUAAAGUGAGAGAACAAAAUGAAGAAGAUUAAGGUGGACUCGCUGAUCACAUUUUUUAGACUGUCACAUUCAAUGGAUUAAUUGUCUGUUUCUUAAACUCAUAACUGAAUCUCUACAAACAGGACAGAGGCAUGUUUUGGGCUGUCUACGUUGUGGACCUAUUGUUGACUCACACAAGGGCAGCUCCUCUUUUUAAUGUCAAUGUUGUCGUCAUAGGAGACGAUGAUGACGGCAAUCCUGCAAUGCCCUUCAGUUAUCAGAAGUCAUUGCCUGCUGUAAACAUGGCCCAAGAGAUGUUGGCCUCAACGUAUAGAGAUCAAAUCAAUUUUAACUUCAUGUACAAUAUAACACAAUGUAGCGGGGAUGGAACUGGAGCCCUUGCAGCGGACCUUCACUGCAAGUAUGAUAUAGGUGUUUUUAUAGGACCUGGCUGUAGCAGUGCAUUAAAAGUCAUCAGUCAGCUGUCUAAGUCAUGGAACAUAGCCCUGAUUAGCCCAGUGGGGUCAAGUAUCACAGAUAAGACUUUGUAUCCAUUAGUGACCACUCUUUCCCCUUACACAACGGUAAACAAUGCUAAAGGUCUGAAUGCAAUACUGAGACAUUUUCACUGGUCAACAGUUGCAGUGAUCUACGACACCGAACAUAGCGUUGGAAACUUGUUGAAAGAAGAUUUCAUCCUUGAGUUCAGCACUAACAGGACUAACGUGUAUAACACCUUUGCCUUGACAGCAAGUACCUACACCAAUGAUAGUCUGCACAGACUAUGGGACAGUGCCAUACUUACUGCUAGAGUUUUUAUGAUAUUCUGUAGGCAGCCAGAAACUAGGGCACUCUUGUUGAGCGCCUACGACCUGGGAUACGCCACUUCCGGCCAAUACGUUUAUUUUAUUCAAGACACUGCGUCACAAUAUCCUUCAAGUGUUUUGAGAACAAAUGAUUCUAGCAGAGACCAGGACUUUCUGAAAUCUCUAGGUCAUGCUCUGUGGCCUUUUGUGGACAAAUGGCGAUCAGAAAAUGAGAACUUUACGACAGAGGUCGUUCAGAGGUCAGCGACAGAUUUCAACUAUUUCUACAACCAAUCAGAAGUGUCUCCAUAUGUUUCAUGCUACUAUGAUGCUGUCAUGAUGUUUGCUACUGUCUUGAAUGAGACUUUAUACGAGGAAGGGAACCCAAUGAAUGGAACAGCUCUCACCCACAAAAUGUGGAACCGGACAUUCCCAGGUGUCAACGUACCUGUAAGAAUCAAUCAAAGGGGCUAUCGUGAGAGCGACCUGACCUUUGCCUUCUAUAACAUGUCCACUGGAGUUUUAACGCCUGCACUUAUUUGGAAGUACGACACGGACACAGUGGACCUCGAGGUCAGUGUCACCUUGCCUUGGCCCUACAACUACGGGGUCAGGCCUGUGGACGUUCCGGUGUGUGGCUUCUCCAAUGAGUACUGCAGCUCCAAGCCUUUGUCUGGAACAGUGACAGGAAUCAUAGCAGGAUUUCUGGGUUCUGUCAGUCUGGCUGGUGUACUUGUCACUGCUUUCUUGUUCAGAGCGUGGAAGAAACAGUACGAGAAGGAUCUCUGGUGGUGGAGAAUUCAUUCGACUGAACUGUCCAGUACCAGUGUGUCUGCCGAAUCAUCUUUCUACUUCAAGUCAAGCUUAAAAUCCCUGGCUUGCUCCACUCUUACAGAAGUCACAUCUGACAGCAGUAACUUCUCAAUAUGGAAGGGUCAACUUGUCCGACUGAGAAAACUUCCGGUCAAGUAUGUUCACGUGACGAGAAUGUGUCUAACAGAAUUUAAAAUGCUUCGAGAAUUGAAUCACACAAACAUUCUUCUAGUCCAUGGGGCGUGUCUAGAAGACAACCUUAAAGUAUUGGUCACUGAGCCUUGUAGCAAAGGCAGUCUAGAGGACCUAGUGGGAAGUACGGAAGUUGUGCUGGACACUCAUUUCAAAUUUUCACUUUGCACUGACGUCAUUAAUGGUCUGUGCUACAUCCACGACUCUCCCAUCAAAUGUCACGGCCGCUUGACCAGCGAGGUCUGCCUAAUAGACAACAGAUUCUCAGUGAAACUAGCAGACUAUGGACUGCCCACUCUGUACAGCGGAUGUCAUGUUGACGUCACGAGUCAAGAGUACAAACACGAAUGUCUCUGGAAAGCACCGGAAGUUUUGAGAAGCGGCAGUGCGUGCCUGGGCAGCAGAGAGGCAGACAUUUACAGCUUCGCCAUCAUCUUACAGGAAGUGCUCACCAAAGACUCACCAUACUCUGUGGAAAGUGCAUUCAUGACUACAGAUGAGAUCAUUCACAAGGUCAUAGUAGGCGGGGAACAACCUUUUCGACCUUCCAUUGACCUGCCCAACACAAUGGUCGCCAUGAAAAGUUUGAUUGAAAGCUGCUGGGCGGAAGAUCCGAAACAAAGGCCCCCAAGUCGUUCUGUCAAGCUGUCCAUUAAGAAAAUUGCCAUCUCUAUGGGUGAAACAGGACAUCUACUGGACAACCUAAUGAAAAGAAUGGAGUCGUACGCGACCAACCUGGAGAAAAUGGUGGAUGAAAAAACUCGAGCUUUGAAAGAGGAAAAGAAAAAGUCAGAGGAACUGUUGGACCAAAUCUUGCCGAGGUCAGUAGCUGACUGUCUGAAGGCUGGACACAGAGUUGAACCACAAGCUUACGAAUGUGUGACCAUUUACUUCAGUGACAUAGUCGGAUUCACAAUUCUUUCUGGGAAGUCCACGCCUCUGGAGGUAGUUGACCUGUUGAAUGACUUAUACUCUUGUUUUGACUCCACUAUAGAGGCCUAUGAUGUUUAUAAGGUAGAGACCAUAGGCGACGCCUAUAUGGUGGUCUCCGGGCUACCACACAGGAAUGGAAACCUACACGUCAUGUACAUUGCUAAAAUGGCUAUCAAUGUCUUGGCAAACAUUAGAGAGUUUAAGAUACGACAUUUACCAGACGAGCGAUUACAGAUCAGGAUCGGGUUACAUUCAGGCCCAGUCUGUACAGGUGUUGUAGGCUUGAAGAUGCCCAGGUAUUGUUUGUUUGGGGAUACGGUUAACGUGGCAUCCAGAAUGGAGUCUUAUGGAAAAGCCAUGAGGAUCCAUGUCAGUCCAUCGUGCAAGGCAUUGCUGGAUCACUUUGGUACAUUUAGCACCAGGCCUCGUGGGCGGAUAACAAUAAAGGGUAAAGGUGAAAUGUUUACCUACUGGCUAGAGCCGAUCACACCAUUGGACAGUAAAGUUAUUGUCAACAGUGAAGAAGACUGAUCUGUGGGCAGCAAAGUUUGAGAUAAUAGGACACCACACUUUUUGACGCACCAGUUUAUAAGAAUAUUAUAUAUUAUGGUCAUCUCAUCUGUGGUCAUUUAGAUUGUGGUAAUCACAAUUGUAAUCAUCUAUAUUUUGGUCAUUUAAAAUGAGGUUACUUAUAUUUGCCAUCUCAGUUGUGGUUAUCUAAAAUAAAUGGACUUUACCUUGUAGUCCAGUGAUGCCCAACCUAAUUUGACCUAAGGGCCUUUUUUAUUUCCGACACUCUUGUCACAGGCCACAUGACCCAAAUGGUACAUAAACUAAACGAAAAUGACCUGAAGCUAUUUUUGUUAAGUAACCUGUGGAUUUAUUACUUACAUUUAUUAAUGGGACUUUAUAGUUUAGUUUUUUUAAAACCUCAAAAAUAACUUCAUUACUCUACUUCAAAUGUGAGCAACAUUGUUGCUAGCUUUACCACCGACUCUUUUUCUUGUCUCUUUUUGGUAAAAAAAAGCUCUUAUAAAUCCUCCUACCUUCAAGUGUAGUAUAACAAUCCUUUAUUCCCAGCUCAAAUGAAAAUGCCGUCUCAUUUUUUUUAUAAUGCAGUUGAUAUGUUGUUUAUAUGUUGUUUUUUAAAACAUCCAGACUUUCUUUAUAAAACAAACAUGGCGCCAUGUUCCACAAAAAAGUAAAGAUUCGUUUACUUUUCGUGGAAGAUUCUAAAUUCAGAGCCCCAUUUCAUAAACCCAUUUCAUAAACACACAAAUGUUAAAAGUCAUGGUACCAAUUCAUCAUAGAAAAGUUGGGUCCCAACACUUUGUGCCGACACUUAGACGGGCCGGAUAGAACCACGUCGCGUAUUUUGGGCAUCACUGCUGUAGUCCAUAAGGUCACCAUCAUAUAGAAAUACUACAUUACAGCGUAAUAUGAAAAAUACUUCUUUUGAAAAAAAAAAACACAAAAAAACAAAAGCUUAUAAGAAUUGUAAUUGUAUCAAUUAGUUUGUACCAGUCAUGUGAAUAAAUGUGUAAUACAUCUGAACCAACAACAAUAAAUCUGUUGAAAUAUUA